AUGCUCGCAUGUACCGUUGUCUCGCUUCUUCUCUCCUGGGGAGCCAUGGAGAUUGAGGGUGAGUGAGCAAUUUUUGAUUUUUGGAUUGGAUGCGAGAUUACGGGGUCUGAGCGCAAUUAUGCUUCCCCGAAACAGUUUUAUGAGCAACAUUAGGUUGUCAUAAUGAUAGGGUUUUAUAUAGGGCGAUUUCCAGAUUACGCGAACCGAGAUUACGAGUUCCAACCGAAUUCUGACACGGAGAACACGUGCUUCUUCACCGAAUACAACGAAUACGACUGUCAUUGCACUCGCCAGAUAAGUGUACGUCUUCAAAACCUUGUUGUCAUUAUUAGAACCCGCUAAUGAAUUUAGAUACCCGUGAAUCGUAGAGUUGCCUGGUACGGUAUCCGGCUGGAAUGUAUUCUGAGCGCCCCUCUGAUACUCAUCUCGUUCUGGUUUUUGUACGUAACAUACAUUUUUUUGGAGUCCUUCCCUACAAUCUUCUCUUCUUUGCAGCUGGUACGAGGAAUUCGGUUCUGCGCUUCUGAUUGUCGCUCACCUGUGCGCUUGGAUCAAGUUCAUCGGCUUGGGCAGCGCGAUGGCGGUCGUUCUGUUUGAUGACCCAUGUAAGCGGAAGGGGUGAAAUGCCAGGACAAAUCUAAGCGAGGUUGCUAGUUGCCAAACAAACAAGUAGAGGACUCGCUCAAUUUGUCAUCAUGUAUCACGAUUUUACUAAAUUUUGAGGCGAGAAAACAUAGAAAAAACAAAUUUCUUAUAACUUGCAGCGUUCAUGCGGGAGAUCUUCGAAAAGUCGCAAUUCGGUUCGUACGAAUCCAAACUUCUCUACUCGUUCACAAUGGUCGUCCUCGCCGUCAUCUCGGAUAUCUUUCUUCUCGCUAGCCUGGUCACUGCUCCCUUCCUCCCUGAUUUCGCUGAUCGCAAGUACCGUAUCGGACUCCAACGUCCGGAUGGAAGCCUGCGCUAUUUCGAGUACAUUGGUCCUCGACGUCAAAACGACACUCAGUUAGGCACUAAGGCAAAGAAGGGCAAAACUUCAAAGCCAAACGUGGCCGUUGUGGAGGCUAUAGCUCAUUCGGACGACGAGAUCGAACAGUUCGGUCGUCAGGCCAAUCCGGUCUAA